ACUGCAGCGAGCAGAGCUCUCCAACACCUCCCAUCACUUUCUGUGAACAAGACUUCCGGUGGUGUGUCAUGGCGGUGGCAUGGUGAAUCCUGCAGAAAGGGAAAAAUACUUGCCCCUCUUGUCCUCUGCCACCCACCCCGGACACACGUUCAUGCGGAAAUAAGCCCUCCAGCUGCGGCCUCGUACCUCGGAUCUGCCGGCGCAGCUCUGCGGUUCCCCCCGCGCCGACAUGGCGGCUCACAAGCCCGUGGAGUGGGUCCAGGCCGUGAUCACCAGGUUUGAUGAGCAGCUUCCCAUCAAAGUGGGACACCAGAACACUCACACCAAAGUCAGCACCGAGCACAACAAGGAGUGUCUGAUCAACAUCUCCAAGUACAAGUUCUCCCUCGUCAUCAGCGGCCUCACCACCAUCCUCAAAAAUGUCAACAACAUGGUGAGUGUGCGAGCAGGACACCCUGCAGCUCUACCCGGGUUGCAUGACCUCAGGGUCACACUGGUGUGUAGACGACUCUGCUCGUUUACAUACAGAAAUCAUGUUGAGAUAAUGUAAACAAAUGCUUUCAUGUUAUUUAUUGUAAUGAUCACGUUGCACAGUCUCUCAGCUCUUGUUUCUCAACCCUCGUUUCUAAGCUCAGCUCUCGUCUCUCGACCCUCG